AUGUUUCAGUGGGAUUGCAAGUGUUCUGAGAACUUCUUAGAUAAAGUGAAAGGUACUUUGGACAAUGUUCAAGAAUCAAAGCUUAUUCGUAUCUUUAAACUUUAUCUGGAAGAGUAUGUAUGGAACAAAAAUAUCUAUGACGAAGAUAUAGCGUGUCGGUUGAUGCGACAUCUCAGAGAUAUUUGUAUAUCCAAAAACCUUCGAGAGCUAGAAAGGUACUGUUUUCGAACAUAUAAAACGACUCCGGAUAUAGUACAAAUUUUAACAGAGAGGUUUGUUGAAAUGGAAGAUGCUUUGUUCUCGGAGAUUAAUAUUAAUAGAUGUUACUCACUGAAUCAAAGAAGUUUUGCCUUUCUUUCAGAUCUCUCUGAAUAUAAAGACAUCUUCGACUUCUUUGUUGGCUUUGAAAAUGGACUACACAAAAUGAAUUGCAUCAUAUUUUUAAAUUUAUUUGGCAACAAGGAACAAAUGAGAAAAAUGCCAAAACUACAACUUAAACUUUUAGACAAACAGUGGGAUUGCAAGUGUUCUGAGAACUUCUUAGAUAAAGUGAAAGGUAUUUUGAACGACGUUCAAGAAUCAGAGAACGUUGUAUGCAGCAAAGCUUAUCAGACUGUGACAGAGGCAAAAUGGAAAGACUGGUGCAGGCGUGCCAUUGUUACAGACGCUGUUAUGUACCUUACUAGCAUCGUGUUUCUGACUUUUGUUGCUGUAACAAGUGUCAAUGCUCCAAACGUUGUUGUUUACCAGUCGCCUCUUGACUAUACACGGGCAAUCUUUGAAAUCUUUCUGCUUCUAAAUGCUGCUCGCAUUUUAGUAAUUGAAAUUUUUCAAAUUAUCAGGCUGAAAAAGGAGUAUCUUGUGGACAAAAUGAAUAUUGUUGAGAUUUCAUCACCAGUUAUGUUGAUUCUGUUGUUGCCUGUGCGUUAUAUACAUGAGCAAACUCACUGGUAUAUAUAUGCUGUGACGUAUUUAGUUUGGUUUCUGCAAAUAACCAAAUAUGCCCCGGUCUUCAAGUUUACCGGGGUGUUCGUCGAUUCGCUGCAGAAAAUGCUAGUAAAAGAUAUCCUGAAGUUUGGGAUUAUCCUUUUAAUCACGAUCGUUGUAUUUUCCGGAACAUUUCUUUUGGUAUUAAAGGCUGAAAAUACGCUUCAAUUACACGAAGAAACAACGUCGUUUUGGAAGAUAGGGAUUGUUGGUAUAAGAAUCAUGAUUGAAUCGGACGGUAUUGUUGAAUACACUGGAGACGAAGGUUAUAAAUUUGCUGGUGCGAUGGUAAUGAUGGCAUUUAUGUUCUUUAUUAUUGUUGUGCUGUUGAACAUGCUGAUAGCGAAAAUGAUGAACACAUACAGGGAGAUAGAGCAAACUUCACUGAGCGGUUUUCUUGUCAGACGAGCAAAGAUAGUAGCACGCAUGGAAAGAGAACACAUGCCAUUUCCAUUUAAUAUUUUCAAAAUAGAUGAUAAAAGAAAAUCUUUCUACUCAAAACUAACAGGGAAUUUGUAUCUGAAAAUAUCUGAUGACCUAAAUAUCUCAGACACUGAAAAAGUACAUGACGAUUCGUUGACAAUACAACAAAAUUUAGAAGAUCGUUUGAUAGAAAUCUCCAAUACGUUGCAGGAGUUGAAGAAAUACUGUGUUUCAUUAAGAGACUCUGUUAAUCUUUCAGAGUCUCAUAAAAAUGAAUUCGCUAAUUUGCAUAAGAAUGAUGAUGCCGCAGAAGCCACCACCAAUUUGUAACAUCGUAAGGGACUGAACAAACUCUUAUGAACCGAAUUGAAUCAAGUAAAAUUACAGUUAGAAUUGGAAAAAUGAAAAUUAGAAUAUGGAAGGGAAAAAAUCAAUAUCUUGAAAAUAAAACAUGUUUUUUUGUAAAUAUUACUAAACCACAUUAUCACACACCAGUGCCAAUUUUGCGACUCCGUAAAAAUGGUAUUGCACGGCCGUGUAUAUAUUUUGACGUGACGUCAUUGGCGUUAUACAAACAUAGUGUAAAGACGCGCUACAUGUUAGCGUAAUACUAUAGGCGCGUCAAUGAAUAAUGACUUUUUUCACUUUAAACGGUCUUUAUUUUGUGUAUGUAAUAAAUAAAAUAUUAACUUUGUGUACGUCCAUUACUAAAUUUAUUGAACUCGUUAAAUACUGUUGGGAAAAGGCGUGAAAUAUAACAAACAAACAAAC